AUGGCCAUUUUCGUACCACUGGAAGAAUCCCUCUUUGAGCCUUCUGAAGCACCCAAGACCAAUGGCGAGCGUCUCGAAAAGACCAUCGACAAGCUAGACAAGCACUUUGCAGCGGUGCAGGAGAACAUCAUGUUCGUCUAUGAGCGAGAGCGGCGUCGCAUCAUCCAGGUUGCGAAGAAAAUGGAAGCGAUGAACGGGCCUGUUGAGACAGACACUUCUCUCACGCCUCACGACCAGGAGGUCUUGCAGGCCUACAUCGAAGCACCGUUGCCGCCUGGCGCCAACUACGCUGCUUACCACAGCCGAACUCAGACGACAUACACAGCUCCUGUCGCGCCAACGGAGAAUUUGCCUGCCAGGCAAGGUGCCAUUCAGUGGUCUCUAUACAACGCGGGCCAGGAGCUCGUUCAGAUUUAUGGCUAUCAUGAACACGCUGAGAAUAUAUUGGCCGGGUAUCGGGCGGCUCUCAAGAAGGAAGUUGAUGCAGAUACUACCAAAGAUGGAAGUGGAGGCGAGAUGUCCCACCUUCGCAAGAUACUAGCAAAUCCACAUGCAGUCUACAAAUAUCUUGUCGUCAUCAUAAUAUGUAACGACCGGCGCGCCACCAAAUCCCCAUGGCCCGGGACAGAAGAGCAGUUCCCUCCCGACGUCAACGAUUGUGAGAUUCAAUCCGCCUCCCACCAUUUCGCCCUCCCACGUCUCGUCUCUGUCUCAAUCCGUCAAGGCGACACGAUGCUGCGGCACUCUCUAGCACGUUCGGCUUGGCGGACUGGCAAGCAGGCCGCCAAUGCCUCGCGAACUUUUGCAACCACAGCUCGCAGGAAUGCCGAAGUCGAGCUGACAAUCGACGGAAAGAAGGUUUCUGUUGAAGCCGGCUCCGCCUUGAUUCAAGCUUGCGAAAAGGCAGGCGUAACAGUGCCCAGAUAUUGCUAUCAUGAAAAGCUUGCGAUUGCCGGUAACUGCCGUAUGUGCUUGGUCGAAGUCGAGAAAGCCCCGAAGCCCAUCGCCUCCUGCGCAUGGCCCGUACAGCCCGGUAUGGUCGUCAAGACCAACUCCCCGAUUACACACAAAGCCCGCGAGGGUGUAAUGGAAUUCCUCCUCGCCAACCAUCCGCUCGACUGCCCUAUCUGCGACCAGGGUGGUGAGUGCGAUCUCCAAGACCAGUCGAUGCGUUACGGUGCCGACCGUGGCCGUUUCCACGAGAUGGGCGGCAAGCGUGCUGUCGAGGACAAGAACAUCGGACCCCUCAUUAAGACCUCCAUGAACAGAUGUAUCCACUGCACACGAUGCGUCCGUUUCUCCAAUGAUAUUGCCGGAGCCCCCGAGAUGGGCUCUUUCGGCCGUGGCAACGACAUCCAGAUUGGUACCUACCUCGAGCAGAACCUCGACUCCGAACUUUCCGGCAACGUUAUCGACCUCUGCCCCGUCGGCGCUCUCACCUCAAAGCCUUAUGCCUUCCGUGCGAGACCUUGGGAGCUGAAGCACUCCGAGUCUAUCGAUGUCCUUGACGGUCUCGGCUCCAACAUCCGCGUCGACUCCCGUGGCCUUGAGGUCAUGCGUAUUCUCCCCAGGCUCAACGACGACGUCAACGAGGAGUGGAUCAACGACAAGACCCGUUUCGCCUGCGACGGCCUGAAGACCCAGAGACUGACCAUGCCUUUGAUCCGCCGCGACGGCAAGUUCGAGCCCGCUGACUGGGAGGCUGCCCUUAUGGAGGUUGCCAACGCCUACCACCACAUCCAGCCCAAGGGCAACGAGUUCAAGGUGAUCGCCGGUGAGCUGACUGAGGUUGAGUCCCUGGUUGCCAUGAAGGACCUGGCCAACAAGCUCGGUUCCGAGAACCUGGCCCUUGACAUGCCCAACGGAAGCAAGCCCAUCGCCCACGGUGUCGACGUCCGCUCCAAUUACCUGUUCAACUCCAGAAUCUACGGCAUUGAGGAGGCUGAUGCCAUCCUUAUUGUCGGCAGCAACCCCCGUCACGAGGCCGCCGUUCUGAACGCUCGUAUCCGCAAGCAAUGGCUCCGCUCUGACCUCGAGAUCGGUGUUGUUGGCGAGACUUGGGACUCUACUUUCGAGUUUGAGCAUUUGGGUACCGACCACGCCUCUCUGAAGUCGGCUCUUGCCGGACCCUUCGGCAAGAAGCUCCAGGCUGCCAAGCGCCCCAUGAUCAUCGUUGGCUCUGGUGUCACUGACCACGAGGAUGCCAAGGCCUUCUACGAGACCGUUGGUGCCUUCGUCGACAAGAACGCCGCUAACUUCCUUACUGAGGAGUGGAACGGAUACAACGUUCUCCAGAGAGCCGCUUCCCGCGCCGGUGCCUUCGAGGUCGGCUUUACCACUCCCUCCGCUGAGGUUGCUGAGACCGCCCCCAAGUUCGUCUGGCUCCUCGGUGCAGAUGAGAUCUCUGAGAAAGACAUUCCCAAGAACGCCUUUGUCGUCUACCAGGGCCACCACGGCGACCGCGGUGCCCAGAUUGCCGACGUCGUCCUCCCCGGUGCCGCGUACACCGAGAAGGCCGGUACCUACAUCAACACCGAGGGUCGUGUCCAGAUGACCCGCGCUGCCACCUCCCUUCCUGGCGCUGCCAGAACGGAUUGGAAGAUCAUCCGUGCCAUCAGCGAGUUCUUCGGCGCCCCCCUGCCCUACGACGACGUUGCCCAGCUCCGUGACAGAAUGGUUGAGGUCAGCCCGGCCCUGGCGGCCUACGACGUUGUUGAGCCCGUCGCUCUGCAGCAAUUGAGCAAGGUUCAGCUGGUUGACCAGAACAAGGGCACCAAGGCCUCUGGCUCGCCUCUGAGGAAGGUUAUUGACAACUUUUAUUUCACAGACGUCAUCUCAAGAAGUUCGCCAACAAUGGCCCGCUGCUCUGCGGCCAAGGCCACUGGCAACCCCAAGACCAACUUCAUGGCACCAGGCAUGGAGGAGGACAGGCCGAUGGGCCAGGUUGCGUACGGAGCAUGA